GGCCAGUCUUGUCUCUUGUUUACUUUUGAAGUCUUUGCCAAGGAAGCUCCUUCGAAUCUUCAUCCCAGUAAAAACCAAAAUUGGCAGACUAUAGAUGAUACCCAAUUGGCAGAUUGCCUCAAUCUCCACCUCUGCUCAAUCCAAAAACGUCACGUUCUUGAGAGAGAAGACACCCUCUUCAGUUCUUGAUCGAACCCACCAUUUCUUUCGAUCUAAUCCGUCCUCCAGACUCGACCAGCUCCUCAGGAAACCUCAAGAAUAUACCCUCAAAAGAGCAAACAAGAGAACCGACUCUUGAUGGCAAAGUGCUUCAGCUUUGUGGCGACGUGGGACCGAUGGUUUCGCUUCUCCUUUUCCCGGGCCGGCCUGAAAUCGACCACCACCGACCUCGGCGACGGCACGGUCAUGCACUGUUGGGUCCCCAAGACGUGCAAGCCCAACAAGCCCAACUUGCUCCUCCUGCACGGCCUCGGAGCCAACGCAAUGUGGCAGUGGUACGUGUUGAUCUCGCGCUUCAUCGCGAGAUUCAACGUGUACGUGCCUGAUCUCUUGUUCUUCGGCGACUCCUACACGACCCGGCCCGAUCGGACCGAGCAGUUUCAGGCUCAGUGCGUCGCAGGAGUCUUGGAGGCUCAGGGAGUGAGAAAGACGAACGUGGUGGGGGCAAGCUACGGCGGGUUCGUGGCGUAUAGCUUGGCGGCGCAGUUCCCGGAGAUGGUGGAGAAAUUGGUUAUAUACGGUGCAGGGGUUUGUAUGGAGGAGAAGGACAUGGAGGAUGGGAUGUUUCAGGUGAAGAGCAUGGACGAGGCCGUGACUAUCCUGUUACCGCAGACGCCAGAGAAGAUGAGGGAGAUGCUCAAGGUCGUCUUUCACAAGCCGGUGACGAAAAUGCCCACUUGCUUUAUGCAGGAUUUCAUUGAUGUUAUGUGCACGGAGUACCACCAAGAAAGGACAGGGCUGGUCAAUGCCUUACUUAAAGACAGGAAGACGUCUAAUCUUCCCAAGAUAACUCAGCCGACAUUGAUAAUCUGGGGGGAAUAUGAUAAACUGUUUCCAUUGGAACUGGGUCACAGAUUAAAGAGGCAUUUGGAUGACAACGUGCGAUUAGUGGUUAUAAAGGAUUGUGGUCAUGCGAUGAAUGUAGAGAAGCUGAAAGAGAUGUACAAACACAUCAAGUCGUUCCUCGUAGAUCCACUCCUUUCACCUAAGAAGGCAAAUCAAACCAAAGGCCAGAAGGUGGACCGAGCAUCAGCAAUGAAUUUAUAGUCGACUCAGCCUCCUGCAGCAUGCUUGUCCAAGUUAUAUCCAUACAAUAUAUGUGCAUUAAUUUAAGCUAUGUAAUUUGAAGAAACAUAGUUCAACAUACCGAACCCAUGAAGAGCGAGGCCCAUAGUAUGGGGAAUAUUUCCUUGUUUUCGCGAGACAUUGCAUUGCAGACGCAUAUUUCGGGUUCAUUGCGAAUUUUUCUGGAUUAGUGUUGUAAUGUUUGCUUGUAAUACUGGUUUCACGAUGCACGAAGCAAAUUAAUGCCAUUGCGAUCAA